UGGACUCCCGUCGCUUUCCCCUCCCCUCCCCUCCCCUCCUCCGCAUCCACAUCGCCCCCAUUCCAUUCCAUUCCCACCCCGUCCCCCCGCCAGAUGCGCCGCCAGUCCCGCCGCGCGUAGCAGUUCGCUCCGGCGGUCCGCAAUGGCGAGCGCGUCGGAGGACGAGGCGGGCUCGGAGCGCUGCUGCGGCAGCUACAGCCCCAGCGCCGACGUCAGCGGCUCCGAGACCUCCAGCGACUGCUCCGCCCCGACCCGCCGCUUCCCCUUCUCCUCCUCCUCCCGCGGCCUCGCCUCCUCCUCCUCCUCGCAGCUCCCCACCCCCUCGGCCGCCUUCCACCCCUCCACCCCCGCCUCUGACCUCUCCGAGAUCGACAUGAUGAAGGAGCGCUUCGCCAAGCUGCUGCUGGGCGAGGACAUGUCCGGCAGCGGCAAGGGCGUCUGCACCGCGCUCGCCGUCUCCAACGCCAUCACCAACCUCUCCGCCACCGUGUUCGGCGAGCUGUGGCGGCUGGAGCCGCUGGCGCCGGCGAGGAAGGCCAUGUGGACGCGCGAGAUGGACUGGCUGCUCUCCGUCGCCGACUCCAUCGUCGAGCUCAUCCCCUCGCUCCAGGAGCUCCCCGACGGCGGCGGCCAGUUCGAGGUCAUGGUGCCGCGCCCCCGCAGCGACCUCUACAUGAACCUCCCCGCUCUCAGGAAGCUCGACGCCAUGCUCCUCGCCAUGAUCGACGAGUUCAAGGAGACGGACUUCUGGUACGUCGACAGGGGCAUCGUCGUCGACGACGGCGGCGGGGGGCCCUGCCCGUCCUCCUCGUCUUCCUCCUGCGGGCGCCCGUCGUCGGUGCGGCAGGAGGAGAAGUGGUGGCUGCCCUGCCCGCGGGUGCCGCCCAAGGGGCUGCCCGAGGAGGCCCGGAGGAAGCUGCAGCAGAGCAGGGACUGCGCCAAUCAGAUUCUGAAGGCGGCCAUGGCGAUCAACAGCGACGUGCUUGCUGAGAUGGAGAUCCCGGAGGCGUACCUGGAGUCCUUGCCAAAGAGUGGCCGAUCUUGCUUGGGUGAGAUAAUUUACCGGUACAUAACGGCCGAACAAUUCUCACCUGAAUGCCUCCUGGACUGCUUGGACCUGUCAUCGGAGCACCAUACACUUGAAGUAGCAAACAGAAUAGAGGCUGCCAUCCAUGUCUGGAGACUAAAGGGCCAAAAGAAAACGGCGCCUCAGGCAAAGUCAAAGAAAUCUUGGGGUGGAAAAGUGAAGGGUCUUGUUGGAGAUACAAAGAGCCAAGUGCUGUCCCAGAGAGCCGACGGUCUGCUACAGAGCUUAAGAUUGCGACACCCUGGCUUGCCACAGACUUCCCUUGACAUGAACAAGAUCCAGUAUAACAAGGAUGUCGGCCAGUCCAUACUUGAAAGUUACUCGAGGGUUCUGGAGAGCUUGGCGUUCAACACAAUUGCGAGGAUUGACGACGUGAUCUACGUGGACGACGCCACGAAGAAGUCUGCCGCGGCGGAGACCGUUUCGAUCUUCAACCGCGGCACGGGCGCACCAGUCCAGAAGAAGAUCUCCCCAAGCCCAUUCUCGAUCCAGCACACGCCAUACGCCUCCCCCUUCGCCACACCCACCUUCUGCUCCUCCACCCCAGUCAAUGGCAACAGCCCCGGAAGAGCACCGCAGCCUCCACCGAGCAAAAAGAACCCGCCAGCGAAACCCGAGAUCAAAGUCGAGAAGCUCUUCUCCGGUGAUGUAGAGAAGGUGUGGACCUAUGCCGGAAACCUGAGCGCGCGGAAAGAAGCCGGAGACGCUCCUGAAAGGGACUGAGUUUUUGGCGUGCGCCUCCUCGGCGAGGUCGACAGACAGGUAUCAAUCUUCAUUCGACAGAUACUGAUCCGGUCGGUAGGGCUAGAGCUUCCCUGUACAGAAGCAACAUCAGUCAUUCUUUUUGUGCUUUCUUAGCGCGAUCGAUCCGCGGACCGUGUACCAUCCCUCCCUGCUCAGUGCUAAGUGCUCACCUAGUAAUGGAGUAAGUGAACUCUUGAUGGCGUCUAGUUUCUCUGUCAGUCAGCUGUGUGUACCACCCCUUGUUCAUGUCUAUACUAGCUUAGCUAGCAGGUCGGGUUGGGCAGCAGCCGAGUGAACUUGAGAUGUGGUUGCUGCUGCUGCUGUAGGUUUUUUGUGUCCCUGAUCCUGAAGCCACCGGUGGUGCUGUGACAGUUAACUGCAGCUGCAGUGGGAUGUUUGUUGUACUGUACUCCGGUGGCCGUGCAUUCUGAUGUCUGACAAUUGUCUGUACUUACAUGCUCCUUGAUGAAUUGAUCUGACGCUAGUUUCUUCA